AGGAUUUGAGCGCCCGCGAACUCCGUGGAGGCCUGCGGGAAGGGAAGGGGGCGGGGCGGUAGUGAGAACCCGAGGCCCGACAAUCAGCGUGCUUGGAGCUAACCGGUGGCCCAGGCGAGCAGGGUGGUUCGGCGGGCUCGGCUGGCACGGGGGAGGUUAAACACUUUAAGAUGAGAAACAUUGAUGUUUGUUUGAGCUCUGAAGGGACUGAAGUGAUUUUAGCUACAUCAAGUGAUGAAAAACACCCACCUGAAAAUAUAAUUGAUGGAAAUCCAGAAACAUUUUGGACUACCACAGGAAUGUUUCCCCAAGAGUUCAUUAUUUGUUUUCACAAACAUGUAAGGAUUGAAAGGCUUUUAAUCCAGAGUUACUUUGUGCGGACCUUGAGGAUUGAAAAGAGCACUUCUAAAGAGCCAGUUGAUUUUGAGCAGUGGAUUGAAAGAGAUCUGGUACAUACAGAGGGGCAGCUUCAAAAUGAAGAAAUUAUAGCACGUGAUGGCCACGCCACUUACUUGAGAUUCAUUAUUGUAUCAGCCUUUGAUCAUUUUGCAUCUGUGCAUAGUGUUUCUGCAGAGGGAAUAGCAGUCUCAAAUCUUUCUUAAUAAUUAUAACAAAAUACUCUUGCACUAUUUUUUAACAAUAUAUUUAUUUAAACAUGAAGUUGUUAUUAUUAAAGGGAUUUGUAUCAA